GACGCACUUCAGUGCGCCGCGAGAGCGCUCCGAAACCGCUUGUUGAUCUUACGCCUCCGGGUCGGAGCGAGCGAGGCCGCGCGCCGUCGCUCCCGAGCUCGUAAAAAGUUUUUGGAGAAAAGUGCGUGAGUGGCGGGCAAAGGUUGCGAAGAGAACGGCCACGGUGUAGAACGUGCCAUGGGAUAGGAGAGUUUAAUAUUUAAUCAACGGCGAGAGAGAGUGCGCCGCGACGGGGAUUCUUUGGCUUCGAGUCGCCAGUGUUCAUCAUGUAAACUAAGAAAUGGUCGUCGAUAAACUGCCUAACGAGUGCGCGGCCGACGAUAAAUAAUGAAUAAUAGUAAACGCGGAAUAAUGAGAAGUAAACGCGAAUUGUUGCAACAAAGACUGUUAACUUUGAGCGACAGGAUUAUUAAUAAACGGUUGCCAAUAAAAUUAUUAAUAGAUCGGGGCGCAGAAUGUUCGUAAAAAGGUGAUGAUCGAAUUUAAAAUUGCUAAUAGAUUUAACAUGAUUAGCAACCAGCGUGAUCAACACUCUCCGGAUAGUUAAUUAUUAGUGGUCGCCGGUAAGAUUAAUACCAGCAAGAUUAAUAGUGGUUCGAGACUGUUAAUGAUUGGUAGCCAUACUCGAGCUUAUAUACGUGCGCUUACCGAAUUAGCAGUAAACGGAAAUCAAUCCCAAUCAAAUGCAAGCUUAUCAAUACUAUCAAUAAUUAUUAUUAUUAAUAGUAUAAUUAUUAUUAGUAGAAUAUAUCAAGUCUGGCUUGAGGAAGAAGUGCUAUUAAUAAAAUCUGGAAAAUUUCAUUACAUUUCACCAGAGACGAUCCGAUACGUAAUCCAAUUUAAUGCGGGCUUUAAUGAAAACUACGAUAAUCGUUAAUGGUGGAUAUCGUGAAUUGGUGGGCAUCGACUGACGUGGAUCUACACGUGGCAUAUAUUUACUUGUUCAGCAGCAGUAAAGCUAUUUUCUUCUUCUUUCGACGGAAAAAAAAAAUUAAUGGAUCACCACCGCAAAGAUACUCCGGGGAUCAAGAAAUAAUGAAUUCAAAACUUUUUUAAGAAUAAAAGAGAACCUGAUGUCUAAACUGAUCGAAAAAGUUUCACAGGUAUAAUCCUAUGGAGACAACAGACUUCUUUUUCUUCCUGUUGAGAAAGAUAAGGUGAUUCGGUCACGACGAAACAAGUGUAUUAAUGAAUGACCGUCUUAGAGACACCCAAGACACGUACAAAAGACGCUCAACUGAGAGCCUCUUCGAGAAUUAAAGCUAAUCUCGCUUGAGACUGCGAGGAUCCUUAAAUUAUUAAGACUCCUCUUUUUUUCUCAUUAAGAUAGAUUACAUGAUACAACAAUGAAGAAAUAAGUUAAUUAAAAAGUUCUCUUUCGGACAACAAAGGAUUUACUUAAGAGAGGAAAACUUUCGAAACUUGUUUUCCCUUUUGUGAAUUAACCCUUCGAUUGACGAUACAGAAUCGUAAAUCUGCGAAUUAAUUCAAUAUGAAUGCCAAAAAAUGUGUGACUCACUGAAGCGCGAAGAGUAGCCGACGAGCGGAAUUAAGUGAUACAAAUCGGUGAUUGGCGUGUUUGUGGACAAUACCGGAGCGCAAAGAAACCUUCUUCGUGGAAGGCGGAGUGACUCAUCGAUGAGCAAGGAUCAGCAGUAUCUUCGAGCGCGGAAUUUACGAGACGUUCCUCAAAUUUUCGAGCAAAGUGUAUUGGUAGAAGCGAGUUCCCCGGUAUAUCUCCCCUGCACUUGAUGGACAAAGUUAUGAUUAAGUCCGAUGUCGUGGAAGUGACGCCAAGUACAUUUGAUUCUACAUGCUCGCGCGAACAGACGCGCGGUUCACGGUGAUGAGAAUGCCAGGUGACGCAAUGAUAAAGUUCGAGUGUCGCAUGAUCGACGAGGAGACUAACGACAGUUCGCAGACUACCGGCGUUCAAGUGAUUGCGACGGAGGACUCGAGUGGCAAAGCGGCUCGCGGUUCGUCGUAAAACAGCGAUACACCGUAAGAGCAUCUACGCGGAACUCUACUGAGACGACAAAGCCGAUCCGAUUCUUUUCACGAAACACGAUAGAGGAAAAUGUACAGAGCGAGAUAAAUCGGGCGGAGGAUCGACGUUAUGGUACCUGGGCUCACUUCGAGAUCUUCCGAAAGGCAACGCGAGCUCGAGUGUGCAAGUCGACAUUUGCUAACAAAGGUGAAAGUUGAACUCGAGGAGUGCGAGGAUUCGGCCAAGAUUGAAGGCAAAAGCGAAAGAAAAGGGUAGACGGAAAGAACAAGGAGUUCGCGUGAAGAUGGUAACGUAAAGAGACGGGAUCAAAAGGCAAUACAAAAUCGGGAAGUGACAGAAAAUUGUUGAACGAUGGAAAUAAGCUCGAUGACGACGACGGAAACGGUCGCUUUUGGUUAUCACGAUGUUGAUAGGUUCAUGCAGCAAAACUUCAGCAACACCAGCACCAGCGGCUACGACGACCCGUACGAAUGUAGGCAGCAGGUCAAUACCAACGGCCUGGCGGACUUCGUUAUUUAUGGCAUAUUCGUCAAUCUGAUCGGUCUCUUUGGGAUCUUCGGCAACGCGAUCUCGAUGAUCAUUCUGUCGCGGCCGCAGAUGAAGUCAUCCAUCAAUUAUCUACUAAUUGGACUUGCCAGAUGUGACACAGUACUGAUCAUCAUUGCGGUAUUAAUCUACGGAUUACCGGCAAUCUAUACGUAUACGGGCGCGUUAUUCGACUAUAAGUUCAUCGUUUAUCCGAAGACCAUCAGAUACCUAUAUCCGCUGGCUUGCAUAGCACAAUUUGUGACGGUGUAUCUGACGUUAACGGUUACUUUGGAGAGAUACAUCGCGGUUUGCCAUCCACUGAAGGCCAGAUCCUUCUGCACUUACGGACGAGCCCAAGUAGCAGUGCUGGUCAUAGUGAUCGUUGCCUUUAUUUAUAAUCUACCUAAAUUUUGGGAAAUCGAAGUGUUCCACGAGAGGCACUGGAAGUAUAAUAUCACGGUGUACUGCGUUUCCCCAACCGAGUUGAGGAGCAACGACUACUAUGUUACCCUGUACAUCCAUUGGAUGUAUUUCUUCGUGUACUACAUGUUCCCGUUCAUCGCAUUGCUGAUUUUUAACACGGCCAUUUAUCGACGGGUCAGAAAGGCGAAUAGAGACUUGCAGCAGCUGUCGCGUCACCAACGUCGUGAGAUCGGUUUAGCGACGAUGUUGAUGUGCGUGGUGGUCGUAUUCCUGAUCUGCAACAUACUGCCCAUGGUCUCGAACGCGCACGAGACGUUCAUCGCGGAUCCGCCGCAAUGGAUGGUGCAGAUCGGCAAUCUGCUGGUGACCAUCAACAGCAGCAUCAACUUCAUCAUCUACGUGAUCUUCGGGCGGAAGUUCAAGAGGAUAUUCCUCAAGCUCUUCUGCUCGUCCAGGCUGUUCGGGUCCAACCGGGAGAGCCCGGAUUUCCAGACAUACGACGAAUCGAUCGUCACCAAUACGACGAACAUCGAGUUGAGAAACUCAGUCAGGCACGGCCACCUCAACCGCGCCAACACUAUCAGCUGGAACAACAACUACCACGUGUCCAAUGGCAGCACCAGGCAGAGCAUGAAGAGCGGCAGACCAGCCAGUCCCGGUGCAACCUGCGUUUAUUAUCCAGGCAAGAAUCCAGCGCGAAGCCCUAGUCAGAAAACAUCGAAUGGUCGCAACAGGAAGAACAGUUGGAACAGGAGGGAGGACAGCGAUUCCACACUGUAACUGUUCCUCGCGUUUAUUAUGCAAUUAGAAGUGUUUAACUCAAACGUCAAGAACUUCCACUGAUUUUUUAAGUAGUGAGAAACAAAAGUAGAACGAUAAUUCCAAUGGGCAACCAAUGUUAGUCUUUUGAUAUCUGUUAUCUUGCCAGAAAUCAACUGUGUCUCAACUGCUUGUCGAGAUCUUUGGUUAGUCAGAAUUUGUCGGCGCGAAAGAGUAAUAGCUUCACAUUUUAUAACACACAAUCGCUCGCUGCGUUUUCUCGUUUAUGAAUGGUUGACGAGUGAUCCAACUAAAGCAUUGUUCAAAUGUCGAAAGAAUGUUUAAAAGGACCAAAGCGAUAUAAAAGAUAAUCAGCAUCGUUACCUAAUAUUUUUCCUUCGGUUAUUUAGGAUAUCAUCUAGUCGAAAUUGAAGCAAGAAGACAUUCGGAAGAAGCAGAACGAAUAGACAGUCUAUUUUUAUGCCGUAAUAGACAACGGGAUUUAUUCUUUAUCUUCAUUAUUUAAUCAGGAAUCCUGCUGAUAAUACGAGUCGGGUAUUAAGACAAUCCGCAAACCAGAAGGGGUGGAAUACGAAUGAAGAUAGAAGAAGAAUGAUCAGCGAACGACGCGAAUACCCAAUAUUACCGUUUUUCACGUAUGUUCCCGCGGUAUACGUUUCCACUGUUAGCAGUUCUAAUGUCCAGGACAUCAAAAUGGAUGGAGAGGUGUAAGGAUAAGAUGAGACGAUUCAGCGCUGCAGUGGACAAUCGAUAUCAUUGUACCCUUGGGAAGAGCUCGAACCAAUCCUUACGCUCGAACGCCGUAAUCCUGCGGGAUGGCACGGCUUCGAUAUAAAGGAAAAGAAUCGUUAAGGAUAACAGUUCUCGCAUUUCCUACCGCGGAAGAGCUCACAAAGACCAAGUCACUUGCAACGAUGAUCUUUCAAGCGAUUCUCCGAAAGUUCCGUCUUGCUUCAGAACGACUUGAAAUUAGUCGAAUGUUAUAGAAAGAAACUGAUAUUGAAUACUAGCGCCGCUAUUUUGAAUACUUUUUAAACAGUUGUUUGAUUAUGCUAAUCGCUUGCGCAUAGUGCUUCCAUCAUCCUUGAACAUACUAUAACUUUUCUCAAAGUUUGAUCAAAGACGCAUAUAGCGACAUUGACUUGAUAGAUUAAACCAAAAAAAAGAGAUUUCUCUUUUUCGUGAUAAAAAUCGUUAAGUGUACCAAAUAAAAUACUCUCUAAAAAUUGAUCUUGAAGCGAACUUGCAAUA